GCACCUGAGGGUUACCUGCAUGCAAGAGGGAGGAGGCMGACAAACAUAAGUAUAACUGAACAGAGUACACAUGGUGAACUCAGAUGUGAGUGGUUUUGUUUGUUGACAUUGUAAAAGUUAAAACCCUAUACUUCGGAUCAGCGGGCUGUUUGAGAGGUGCAGCUGCAGCAGCCAUGCCUGCUGGGUUCCUCGUUACAAGACUACUGCUGGUUUGCUUGUUGAGUGAAGUUGAACACAACUCAAUAUUUGCCACAGCUCAUCCUCCAUCAUCACAGGGUGUCAGAAAGCCUUAUGACCAUCACAUUCAACGUGAGGGGCAACUUAAAAACCCUCACAAUCCCUGGGCAAAGAUUUUGGAGGGUUUCAGGAAGAACCGUCAGCACCCAGGAGCCAACCACCAGCUGGGUUGGCCCGAUCAAAUCCAGAACCCCCAUGAGUACCUGCCUCAAAUUCACGUUCAGUAUCCCUCUGACGUGGUGCCUUCACACAAUCCUGAUGUGGAUGCAAAGAAAAUGGAGUUGAAUGUAAAUGUUCCUGUUCAGCAACUCCUCAAAACGCUUGCUUCUGUGAAAGGAUCAGAGUGGUUCCAGAACUUAAGAGAAGGAGACUCAUUCCGGGUGAGCCCAGUUUUCUACCAAGAAGAGGCUGGUGGUCCCUCUUGGUCUGAGCAGACAGGUUCGCCCAAGAACAAGGCUAAAAGAAAACCUAACCCAGGUCUCAACUUUAGAUUUACUGCUCCAGUACCAGACCGUUCAGACAGGAGGCCUAAUCUCCAAAGACCAGAUCUGGCUUACCUUAGUCAGUCAGGACCGGCCGAGCCACUUUCACCGGAGUUUGGACUUGAGAGGGCCAUCAUGCAUCUCGGUCAGGGACCCAGUCCUUGUUUUGGUCCAUUGGGCUGCCCCUUGGUUAGUCAGGACCAAGUGAACCCCAGCGCCCUGCAGCAGCAGAUCCAGCAACGAGCUCAGCUGGAGAAGCUCCAGCAGCAAAUCCUACAGCAACUGCCGAUCCUGAGUCAGAUCCUGGCAGCAGGCCACGACAGUCCUUCAGGGGGGAACAACUGGAUGGAGGGAAUAUCGAAACGGCUGCCGCAAUUUCAUCUGUCCAUCAAAAAUACCCCUGUUCCUGGAGAUUACCAGCAGAGGAAACCGGUCAAAGCUCCAGAGUCCAAAAAACCUCAAAGCAGCAGGGUCUACCCAAGAAUGAGAUGUUCUCCUCCUCCUCCUCCUGAAGCACGGAGCAGUCAGGGUGAGCMGUGGGUGCUGUGCCCACAGCUCUUCAGAGGACGGAUUCACUAACGAGUUUCAGCCAGAAACUGCCUUCAGAUGUCUAACAUUGCAUUAAUAAACUUUCUAAAUUUUUGGCUUUA